UGCAAACAAAAAGUAAAAGAAUAUAACAAAAAAAUUUAUAAAAAAUUUCGAUCACUUUCGACACUUUCUAGGACUUUUUCACGAUAACAUGCUCUCAUGAAAUAAAAUAUAUUCAACAAAAAAAAAAUAAAAUGCCGAAGCCCAAAGUAAUAAAAAAACGUUUGACACCUCGAAUCGACGCAGUCUCAGUGCUCUAUAGUGUCGACAACCAACCAUUAGAAAAUUGGGAUACAAAAGUUCGAAACGGACAUAUAAAACGCAUCCAUGAUGAAGAACUUCAGUGCAUGGUACUGCAAUUAAAAGGAGCAAUGUUAGAUACAACAUACAUUACAACACCAAGCUUUCCCAAAAAUGAGCUGAAUAUGUCACUACCAAUACUAGUGCUUGUAAUUAAAAAUGUUAACGAGCCAGUCUCAUUUGAAAUUCAGGUGGUUGACGGUACAGGAAUAAGACGCCGAUUUCGUUUAGGUACUGGAUUUACAGAAAUGAACUUAAAACCAUACACCUGCGCUUUGCCACUUAAGUUACAACCCGGUUGGAAUUAUUUACAAAUAAAUUUACCGGAUAUAUUAUGGAAAUCCUAUGGUACAGCCUAUUCUGAAACAUCACGUGUAAUGAUACAUCCAAAUUGCUUAUUGCAACGCAUUUAUUUCUGUGAUCGUAUCUGUGCACCGGAACAAAUGCCAAAGGAAUUUAAGUCAUAUUCUGCUUACUGUACUCCGUGAAAGAGUGGUCUUUUUGGUAGUAUGAGGAAGCAAUUGAAAAUGUCUAAACUUCCUAAAAAAAACUUCCUAGUAUCGGUUCUUUUAAGUCCAUAACAGCUUAGAUAGUAAAAUCGCAAUAUUGAAGAAUUACUUGGGCAAUGCAUAAUAGAGCACAAAUUAUUGCAAUAAGUACUGGAACUACAAAUUUAAAGUAUUAAAUAUAA